GGUGUGUUUAAUGAGGUCUGACUCGAAAUGCUUUUUAUUUGCUCUCCUUAUCAAGAGUCGUAUCCGACGCUUACCAGCAACACGGCAACCCAGCAAAGCAUUUCUCUCUCUAACGCCAGAUUGUGCUUUUAACGUAUAAAACAACCCCCCUAAACGAGGAAUGGUUUGCCCUGCGCACACAGAGCCAGCUGGAGGCACAAGGACCUUUAAAGCGGAGAGGAGAAACGCCAGGGACGCGACCACUUCUCUCUGCCGUUGAACUCAAGCUGUGUAUUUGGUGUUUCGGUGUUUGUCUCCGCUGACGGAGGCUUGAAUGAGUCCAGCAUGCCUCUGAAUGACGAACGGCCCACGUGCACAUCCAGCGCUGAGGAUCAAGGCAGCGAUGUGGAAUCGUCAUCUGAACGCUGUGACAGCACGACGUCGACCAGCGACCUGGACUGCUCUCUUGAGAGCUUCACCAGUGACUGCUCCAGCAAGCAGAGCACCCCCUCGUCCAGCCCACCCAAAAUCAUAACCCUGGAUGAGGUCAUGGCUUCUGCCAAGGACAUUUCCAACCUCACCCUGGCCCAUGAGAUCAUCGUCAACCACAACUUCCAGAUGGAGCAAAACCACCUACCUCAGAACAGUAUCGAGAAGCUAGUUAGAGACACGAUCCACAAGGCUUUCUGGGAAAUCCUGGAGUCUGAGCUGAAGGAUGACCCGCCUGAGUACCAGCAGGCCAUCAAGCUGCUGGAGGAGAUCAGAGAGAUCUUGCUGUCAUUCCUGAAUCCUGGUGCCAAUCGGAUGCGAACCCAGAUCAUGGAGGUGCUGGACAUGGACCUUAUUUGCCAGCAGGUUGACAAUGAAGCCGUGGAUAUCCAGGGACUUGCCUCAUACAUCAUUACCACCAUGGGGAAGUUGUGUGCACCAGCCAGGGACGAAGAAGUGAAGAAGCUCCGGGAGAGCCCUGACAAUAUCGUGACCCUAUUCAAGGAGAUCUUCCGUGUUCUGGACCUGAUGAAGAUGGACAUGAUAAACUUCACCAUCCAGAAUCUGAGGCCUGAGCUCCAGAGACAGUCUGUGGAGUAUGAGAGGGCCAAAUUCCAGAGCAUUCUGGAUAAGACGCCCAGUGCCUUGGACCACACCACCUCCUGGAUCAAGUCGGCACUGGAGGAGCUGCUGCAGGCCCUGAACCCCACAGAUCAGACCAGCGGUCAGGGGAAGGGCCAGAGAGUCCUUCCUGGCCCGUUCCUGGUCAUCGACACUGCCUACCUACACAUCCUUACCUGGGACUGCAAAAAGAGUCCGCUGCCUGAGACCCUGAUGACAGAUGAGUCACGCCUUCGGGAGAUCCAGUCGCAGCUCCAGCAAAUCCAGGCAGUGAAUGAGGUGCUGCUCAUUGUCUACAGUGCUAUAGGAGGGCCUAUACAGGGUCUGCCCUCUCUGGCUGACCGUCUCAAGAGGAUGUGCAGUGUGCUGCUAGAUGGGAUGCACAGCUCGGACUUUAACCUGGAGGAGGCACUAGAGGGCGUCAGUGCCCAGAUCUGCUGUGAGCUCAACAAGUCUCUGACAGAGAGGAACUACCCUGGUCUGACCCCGGCUCUGCAAGCUACUCUUACAGGCCAGAUGUGUAGCAUCACCCAGAAGAGCAACCCUAUUCGCACUCUCGUUGAGGAGCGAGUACAGCAAUACUUCAUGACACUUAUCUCUGCACCUGAGCCCCUGACCAAACUUGAACAGGUGCCCGCCGGCCUGACCGCUAUCAAGCCAGAGCUGGCAUCUCUAGGAGCAAAAUUCAUCGCCCUGGCAAACUACAACAGGCGUGUCUAUGGACGUUUUUACUCAGGCAUCCUCAGGAAACUAAUGUUCAGUGAUGCCCCGCCAGCACAGACCCCGGCUCAAGACCCUGCUGAGAGCCCUGCAGUCUCCAGUUAAAAACUGACUUCUGGGUUAUUUGGUUUCUGGAACCUCUACGCUAUCAGACAUAGCUGAAUAUAAAGAAACUCUAAAAGAACUAGGCAACUAAACUGCUUCCCUUAACCAACAUACUGCUGUUGUUGUGCAGUUAUCCCCUACACACUUUAGGUGCAGUCAUUUUUAUCCGUUAUUAUGGAAGCAUUGGGAGAACUGCAAUCUAGGCAACAAGGUGAGGGGAAAAAACAUUGCACAGGUACCUUUUUCUUUUUUGGGGGACGGGGGGGUUUCUCCCAAUUGUACUUGGCCAAUUACCCCACUCUUCCGAGCUGUCCGGGUCACUGCUCCACCCCCUCUGGCGAUUCGGGGAGGGCUGCAGACUACCACAUGCCUCCUUCGAUACAUGUGGAUUUGCCAGCCGUUUCUUUUCACCUGACAGUGAGGAGUUUCGCCAGGGGGAUGUAGCGCAUGGGAGGAUCAUGCUAUUCUCCUCAGUUCCCCCGAACAGGCGCCCCGAUCGACCAGAGGAGGUGCUAGUGCAGCGACCAGGACACACACCCACAUCCGGCUUCCCACCCGCAGACAGGACCAGUUGUCUGUAGGGACGCCCGACCAAGCCGGAGGUAACGAGAGGAUUUGAACUGGUGAUCCCUGUGUUUGUAGGCAACAGAAUAGGCCACUACGCUACCCAGAUGCCCUGUUAUUGGAAUUUCUGAGAUUCAACAAUGCCCCCCCCCCCCCCCGUUACAGACAUUUUUCAAUAGUGAAAGGGAAAUUCCUGCAUAGAUCAAUGACCUGCAAGCUCCAGAUUCCAGUGUUCUAGUGAAAACUUGAGAAAACCUUUGGCAAGGUUUUUAGUUAUCCUAUGAAUUGUGGAAUUGCAUUUGCUUUUAAGGUGUGGUAAACCUCUGUUCUGCAGGAUGUGCAUGGUUAAAAAGGGCUGAACCUUAAGUUAGACUGCUACUGUUACCAUGAGCAUUUAUGUAUUUUUUCGUGUCUUCUAUGAAAUGGAUAGGAAACAUGCAGACAUGUAUGUUUAUAUAAAGAAGUAGCAUAGCAAACCUUUCCGAUGGUUUAUGCUUGGACAACAAAUAGAACAAGAUAUUUAUCGUUGGUAAAUGUCCAAUUAAAGGGAGAAGGACCAGAGUAUUAACUAAAAUAAAAUUGCCAUGAGCCUAAGCAUUGAAGUGCCACUGUCAGAGAUGUUGUUGCCAUAGAUACUCCUUAUUCCAGUGUUUUUAAUCUUUUUCAUCUCUCCCUUAAACUGUUUUUAUAUCAUAUAUCAGGACAUUUUCCGUAUGAUGUCAGUCUAAUUUUUUUUUAAUGUUUAUUCCACUGAUAGUGUUGGAUAGCAAAAAGUGGUAGUGAAAAUAAACUUUGGAAAAUGCGUUUGCAUGAUCGGUUUUGUGUUGGCGUUUUAUGGUUUUUGGUUGUUACUUGUGGGGAUGAGUGAUAUAUUCCGUACUUAUAUACCGUCAGCGAAAAAAUGAUUUUGAUUCAGCUGUUUUGAUUGUAUUUGUUUUCUUCCUUACCUCUGCAGCUACUGUAGUUGUGAUUGAGUUCUCUGUAUUUGUUUACUUACAGUGCUGUCCUAAUGCUGGCUCUCAUAACCCUUUAGAGAGGAGAAAAAAAAGGCGAUGAACUGAAAAAGUCCAAAAUUACUUGUUACGGACCUGAAGAUGUAAGGACGAAUGCCUUUUUAUUGUUUGCAGAAAGACCACGUGAAUGAUUGUGAUGGAGAUAAAACUGUUCUUUUCUUCAAUAAAAUGUCAAAACUCACA